AUGGACCUCUUCAAGCUGUAUGAGCCGAUGGGAGGUGACCACUUCAACAUCUUCGCGGCCGGCCUCAAGACUGCUGACCGCGUGAUCACCGUCAGCCGUGGCUACGCAUGGGAGCUCACAACAUCCGAAGGUGGGUGGGGACUCCAUGAGAUCAUAAACGAGAACAACUGGAAGUUCCAAGGCAUCGUCAACGGGAUCGACACAGUGGACUGGAACCCUGAGCUGGAUCUUCACCUGCAAUCCGAUGGCUACAGAAACUAUUCCAUUGAGACUCUGCAAGCCGGGAAACCACAGUGCAAGGCGGCGCUGCAGAAGGAGCUCGGCCUCCCUGUCCGCGAGGACGUCCCCCUCAUCGGAUUCAUCGGCCGGCUGGAUCACCAGAAGGGCGUCGACCUCAUUGCGGGUGCGAUGCCUUGGAUCGUCGGGCAGGACGCGCAGCUGGUGAUGCUGGGCACCGGACGGGCCGACCUGGAGGAGAUGCUGCGCAAGUUCGACAGGGAGCACCACAACAAGGUGAGGGCGUGGGUGGGGUUCUCGGUGAAGAUGGCGCACAGGAUCACCGCAGGGGCGGACGUCCUGCUCAUGCCAUCGCGGUUCGAGCCCUGCGGGCUGAACCAGCUGUACGCCAUGAAGUACGGCACGGUCCCGGUGGUGCACGCCGUCGGCGGGCUUCGUGACACGGUGAUCCCAUUCGAUCCCUUCAGGGAGAGCGGGUUCGGGUGGACGUUCGACCGGGCGGAGGCCAACAAGCUGAUCAAUGCGCUGGGGAACUGCCUCAACACCUACAGGAACCAGAAGGAGAAUUGGAAGGGCCUGCAGACGCGAGGGAUGGCACAGGACCUGAGCUGGGACAACGCCGCCAAACAUUACGAGGAAGUCCUCGUCUCAGCUAAGUAUCAGUGGUGAUCUUUGAGAACAUGAACGAACAGUAUCUAUCUCAGCUAUCUGAUGAUCCAAUCCGGAUCUCUCUUCACCGAACCUGCAAAGAUUCGCCGAACAUGGAACGUCUAUAAGUAUUGUGUGCGUCCGUUUGAUUGAUGACAUCAACAUUUUGACACGUCUCUCUCUCUCUAUCUCUUCCUCGCUGUCGAGGACAGCCCAGUUUUGUUGGAUUCUGUGAUUAGCCACCGCGUCGACA